UUGAGAAAGAGUUCCAUUGUUGUAGAAUAUAUAUAUACAUGUAAUUGACUAAUAACCAUGUACCAAACACAAUUAGCCAGUAGACAGUGAUCUCUGCGGCAGUUGUCUCGGGUUUCAAGGCCUCCGAGCCGAAUGGAUGACGAUAAUGCAUUCGCCAUUGUUGGCGUUGGGUGUAAAUUCCCAGGUGCUGAUAAUUUGGAUGAGUUUUGGCGGGUCCUACUUAACGGAGAAAAUCACGUGAUUGAGAUCCCGCCAGAACGCUGGAACGUGGACGCCUUCUACAAUGAGGACCCCAUGGAACCAGGGAAGACCAAUGUCAGGCGUGCAGGAUUCAUCCGCAAAUACGAUAUGUGGGAUAACAAGCUGUUUGGAGUUAGUCAGGUGGAAACAGCAAGAAUCGACCCCCAGCAGAGAUACGUACUGGACUGUGUCCACAUGGCCAUGGAGGAUGGAGGUAUCACGAGGGAAGAUCUCAACGAGACUGACACCGGAGUAUAUAUAGGUGCGAUGAACGAUGACUACAGGGAGUCUGCCAACGACGAACUAACAGCUAUGACGAACUACACGCUGACUGGUUCCAGCCUCAGUAUCAUAGCUGCACGUGUGUCGUAUAUCUAUAACCUACUGGGACCCUCCAUGUGUAUAGACACGGCUUGCUCCUCCUCACUCGUCGCCAUCCAUCUUGCCAUUCAAGCUAUCAAGUCAGGUGACUGUAAGGCUGCAAUAUGUGGCGGUGUCAACAGUAUUUUGUACCCGCAUAUAUUCGUUCCUUUGAGCAAAGCCCGGAUGGUUUCCGCAACUGGACAGUGCCAGGCCUUCUCAGACACAGCUGACGGUUAUGCUAGAGGGGAGGGAUGUGGUAUGGUUAUCAUCAAGAGCCUUAAGCAGGCCAAACUAGACGGGAACAAAAUCUGGAGUGUCAUAGUGACAGGGUGUAACCAGGACGGCCACACCGCAACUCCUAUUACAGCGCCAUCUGGUAGACAACAAUCAGCCCUUUUAGAGCGCGUAUACCACGACUACAAGGUCGACCCAAAGACCAUUCAAUACGUUGAAGCACAUGGUACCGGUACACCUGUUGGCGACCCUAUCGAAGCAAACAGCCUGGGGUCCUUCUUCUCCAAAGGCAAACACAUCCCAGAAGGCGAAACCGAUGUCCGGAUUGGAUCAGUAAAAACAAACAUCGGCCAUCUUGAAUCUGCAGCUGGAAUUGCAGGUCUCAUUAAAGUCAUGCUUAUGAUGCAUCAUGGUAAAGUCGUGCCCUCUCUUCACUACCGCAAAUCUAACCCUAAGAUAGAUUUUGGAAGUUUCAGUUUUGAAGUUGCUACUAGCAUCACUGACUGGGACACACUACCUGAUGGCACUAGGAUGUCAUGUGUAAACUCCUUUGGUUUCGGUGGUACAAAUAGCCAUGCUAUCAUCAAACAGAUCCCGAACACAGAAGUAAAGCACGAAAUUAACUGUGAUUUUGAUAAACCUGUUGACCACUUUGUUACUCUGUCAGCGGUAGAUAUUUCUUCCAUCAAAACAGGCCUUGAGAGAUUUGCCACCAAGCUGAAGACUGGGAAGUAUAGCAUCUGUGACGUUUCCUAUACGUCCGUCAUGAAGAGGGAUCACUUCGGUUAUCGUGUAGCGUUCGCAGCAAAAGAUUGUAUUGAGCUUGCUGAAAAAUGCGAAAAACAGGCAAAUUCGAUGAAAACUGUCAAAACUCCUGGAUUCAGUAAACCAAAUAUUGUCUUCUUGUGCUGUGGUGUUGGAACCUCUUGGAAUGGAAUGUGUAAAGAAAUGAUGGGAAAGGAACCUGUAUUCCGUGCUGAAGUUGAAAGAGUAGACAGUCUUCUACGCCCUCUCUGCGGCUGGUCCAUCGCCGACCGAUUCUGCGACGGAAUUGAUGUACAGGAUCCACUUACAAGCCAUUUAGCGAUAUUUACUUGUCAGAUAGCACACGCAAAGCUAUGGGAGUUCUACGGUAUUACUCCAGAUGCGGUCCUAGGCCAGUCCGUGGGAGAGGUAGCGGCGGCAUACAUAAGUGGCGCUCUUUCUCUUUCGGAUGCAAUCGAGGUAAUAUACCAUCGGUCACGGAUCCUAGCAAAUGCUACUGGCGGUAAAAUGAUGGUGGUUGGGAAAUGCCCUGUUGAUCACGUGCAAUCUGUUUGUGAUAAGUUUCCCGGACAAAUCAACAUUGCGGUACAGAAUAGUCCGGUUAGCUGUACACUCUCUGGUGAUAGUGACGUCAUAGAUGAGGUUAGUAGUAUGCUAUCGGAAGACGAAGAAUUGAAGGAAAAACCUUUCAUAAAACAACUUGAUGUAAAAUGUGCCUACCACAGUCACCAUACAGAGCAAGCAAGCGCAGAACUAGAAACACAUCUGGAUGGAUUGUCUGGACAACGGCCAGCAUGUUCUCUUAUCUCGACAGUCACUGGUGAAUUGUCAAGAGAGGGAGAUUUCACCACUGCUAAUUAUUGGAAACGGAAUGUCAGGAUGCCUGUUUUGUUACAACAGGGUAUUGAAACAGCCAGCAAAAGCGGCCCCUAUAAUAUCUAUGUUGAAAUCGGCCCUCGACCUGUUCUGCGUGCACAUUUACCUGACAUAAUUGACCCAAAAGAAGCUGGUGCAUUUGCUUCAAUGACAACAGACAAGGAGUAUUCUACCAUAUCUACAUCUCUGCUAGAACUGUACAAGCAAGGCUGCAAUCCUAAAUGGGACAAUUUAGUCUCACAUGGCCAACUCACCGAUAUCCCAACGUAUGCCUUCAACGAGGUCAAAUCACUUUUUGAACCGGACACACGGCGACUAAUGGUCCAGGGCAUUGGAAAUGUAAACACGAAUCAUCUUUGCGUUGAACGGAUCCCAGGGGAAGGAAUUCACUUCAGAAUAGAUAUCAACCCAUCCAAAACGCCGUUUGUGUAUGAACAUGUGGUUGGUGGUAACAUUCUGCUUCCCGGGGCUUUCUAUUCAGAUGUGGCCUUGGAGAUUGGAAAACAGGUGUUCGAAACAUCCAUGCAGAAUUUGCAAAUUUCAACACGGUUUCUCCGUCCUUUGAGACUGGUACAAGGGAAAGCUAGUGUCCCAGAGGCGAUGGUGACAGAAGAAACUAAGUCCAAGGCAACGUUUGGAGUUUUCAACAAUGAUGACAAAAUUGCUCAUUGUACAAUAUCUACUGAUAUCAGUGAGAAUAGUCCAAAGCACCUUGAUUUGCUAUUGAUCAGAAAACGUUGCAAAUCAACCCAGACAGCAGCAGAAACAUAUGGUAAACUUGAAAGUCUCGGAUUUGCAUAUGGGGAUGAUUUAAAGAUAAUUGGUAAUGCAAUCAGAAAUGAAACGGAAUGUUUGGUUGAUAUCAACUUGACGGACGCUAUCCUGCGAGAUCUUCAUACUACCAAUGUCCACCCAGCAGUGUUAGACGGGCUUCUUCAAACAUCCGGCGUACUUGAUAUAGACGCAGACAAAUCGAUGACAGUUCUACCGGGGGGAAUAGGGCGCCUUAGGAUCAACAGGCCGCUGGAGAGACACAUGUACGCGUAUGUCCAGAUGGUAGAAAGAACCGAGGAAAAUAUGACAUACAAUGCCCUUCUUUUAUCAAAAGAUGGCAGUGUUAUCGUCGAAGUCAAGGAUUUCAUGGUGGUUAUUAUUGGGCCACAGCAAGAGAGCAAGAAAAAGAUGGCGUACCGAUUGCAGUGGCAGCGCAAGAAGAUAUCGAUAUCCGUUGGAAAAGAAGCUGAGAAAAUUUCAACAGUCAUUGUUGCCCUGACGAAAGACAAGGCAGUUAAACUUGCAGAAGGUUUGCUAAAUACUGAUGCAAAGAUUGUUCUUGCUGAAAGUAAAUCAUUUACUGAUGAUCUAAGUGCUAUCCUGAACGACCCUCAGCAACGGCCUCAGUCGUUGGUGUUUAUAGCAGGAUCACAAGAACAUAUCAAUGACUCUGGCACAGAUGAGUUGUACCAAGCUGUUUUGAAAAACUGUAGUACAAUGUUGAGCAUUUCACAGACCAUGGCACAGGUCAAUGUCAACAUACCGGCCUUUGUGAUCACCAAGGGAACGCAAGAAACUCGCAAUAGUGACGCGUCAGUUUUCAGUGUGCUAGGAGCAGAGUUAUGGGGAAUGGUGAGGUGCAUUAUUCGUGAACAUCCACUAAACGUCACGCUUCUCGAUACACACCUUUCACUGGAGAAUACUGCUCCUCUUCUCCGUACUCUGAUGACUGGGGGCAAUCAAACACUCCAGGAUCUGCCAGAACUAUUAUUACUGGAGGAUGGAAUCUUUGCAAAUGAGUUUGCGGAAGAUGAUGAAGAGGGAUGCGACUCGAGGUGGGUGGAUUUUGAUGAAGGGUUCGAACUUCAAUUAAAAAGCAAACACCCUGAUGACAUCCGGGACACUUUUUACAUUAUUCAGCAAGAACAGAAUAAUGACGGAAAUCAUUUAAGUUUAACACUUGAAUCGGUAGUUCUUCAUGACCCUGAUGUGUACCCACUCACCCUUCAAUCUGCCGAGAGUAACGUCCCAUUGUGGAUAGAGGACAACCAGGAUGGUUUCGAUGUACUUACGUUUGAAGCACUUGGAUAUCCUACAGAUAGAAAACAAGACAGGACUGUGGCUUGUUAUCCAAUGAGAGUUCAAAGUAAAGUCACCAUUCCAAAGGAUUGCACUUGCAAAAUUGGCGACAUUCCUGGAUACAAACCAGGUUUGUUGCAGCUUGCGGCGAUAGUGUGGCAACUGAAGGAGAGUGUAUCAAAAGUAUCAACAACAAUUGUUUCACGGAGAAAUGAUUCUAGUAUUUCUCCUGCAAUGAUGAAAGCAAUGCUCAGUACAUGUGAAGGUAUGGAAUCUACAUGUGUUACAUAUGAAGACCUUUGUAACAGUUCCUUAGGAAAUACAGCAGAAACUCUCGUCGUCUUAUCCAGUGUAAAUGGACAGGGACUUGCAAGAAUGAUUGAAGCUUGCACGAAUAUAAAAAGAGUGCUGUCCCUACAAAUGUACCUCUCCAAAGCGGUUGCCCGUGCCUCGGAACGGUUAUACCCGGACAUCCAGUACGUUACUUUAGAUAACGAGGAGAUGCUGGGGCAGAAACAGCUAGAAAAGGCUGUACCAAAAGUGAUCAAAUGGCUUAUGAAAAAUGCCGACAAAUUGAACAUAGAGACAGCCGUACUUGGAAAAUCUUUGAGUUUAACACGGAAGAAAAGCGGCAGCAGUGGUGACAACAAAAAACUGAAAAUUUCCAAAGAUCAAGCGUUACGACGGGAUGGUUGUUAUAUAGUUACAGGGGGAUUGACUGGCCUUGGAUGGGAAAUAGUGCAGUAUCUAUCGCAGAACGGGGCUGGCCAGAUUGUUACUCUAUCAAGACGACAGCCAGAUGACGCAAAAAAAGCUGAAAUCAAGCAGUUGGAGGACAACACGAAAUCCAAUAUUGCUUACCUAUCUGCCGAUGUAUCAAACAAUACAUCUGUAGAAGAAGCUUUUCGUACUAUUGAGUCAACCUUCCCACAAUACAAAAUCAAAGGCAUCUUCCAUGGAGCUGGUGUACUUGCAGAUUCGAUGUUCUUUAAGAUGACAGAGGAACAUCUUCAAAAGGUGCUUUUGCCAAAAGUUGUUGGAAGCUGGAACCUGCAUAAGGCCUCGAAGGGUUAUAACCUUGACUUCUUUGUCAUGCAUUCUUCCAUGACAUCUGUUAUGGGAAAUAUUGGACAGAGUAACUACGGCGCUGGCAAUGCAUUCAUGGAUUCAUUGGCGCAUCUCAGAAAAGCCAAUGGCAUGUGUGGGCAGAGCAUUAACUGGGGCCCGUUGUCUGUCGGUAUGCUGAAAGACAACAAAACGGAGGAUGACCUUGCCAUGCGCGGAUAUCUUUCCCUUGAUGUACCAAAGAUCAUAACAUGUCUUCAAAACGCAAUGAUGAUGGAGAUCCCCCAAAUAACAUAUGGAAUAUUUGACUGGAACAUCGUCGGCAGAGAAUUACUCAAUCCGACCAUGCUAAGAGUUCGUCAAAGAUUCAAGACAUUUGUAAAUGCAGGGAAAAGCCGUAAAAACCAAACGGCAAUAGAGUUAGACUAUGAUCUGGACACCAUCGAAAAUAUUACAAAGUUUAUCAUCGCGGUUGCUAGCGAGGUUCUAGGAAUCGAUGCCGAUAUGCUUACACCAGCCACGGCAUUCAACGAGCUUGGAGUGGAUUCAAUGCUUGCUAUGACUUUUGCUAACCAAAUCUCCGAGGUCACUAAUUGCCAGAUUCCAAUUAUUACGUUGAUGUCGGAAGAUACAACAAUUGGCAGCAUCGCCGAGUACUUAUUAGAGAACAUGUCGGAAGAAGAAGAAGAAGACGAAAGUAUGGAACACAAACUUACCUUUCCAGAAAAGAGAUACUACGACAAGUAUUUAAAUGAUCCCAUGUCUCCUGGACUUUUCAUUUGCCUUGAUAUUGACGUUAUGAUUGCAAUCUCUGUUCCAGAGAUAUGGAAAAGUUUCUUGUACCAGAUCCACGGCAAAUACCCUCUGAUGAGGACAUUGUUUGUUCCAGAUGAAGACAGUGAGACACAGGGCGAAAUAAAGAAGAUUGUGAUUUCACCAGAAGAUGUGGAAGUUGAUUUCCAAGAGGUACAACUGCGGGAAAUAAGCUCAACAGAUCGUAUCCCAUCUCCACGAGAACGUUACAUGUUUAACCCAGAAAAAGACCUGCCUCUUCGCAUAUUGUAUGCAAACGAUGGCAAGAAAUGCCGUAUGCGUUUCGUAUUUAAUCAUUUGUGUUUCGACAACGCAUCGGUAAUGCUCUUUCUGGGAGAGAUUCAAGCGUUCGGAAGGUCCUAUCCGGAUAUACCCAUCACCAUGCCAACAACGACGAAUGAUAUUCCAAAAAUGGUAUACAAACGUCUCAAGAAAGAUGCAACCCCGAUGGAAACCUUUUGGAGAAAUAGAAUUCCAAACAACCUUAAACCAGUCACGUUCUUACCUUCUUCUGACCACAAGUGUGAUCCUUCUAGGGUGGCGUUUGCAAGGAUACAAACACCCAGGAAGUUGAUUGGCAGAAUAUCAAAGUUGGUCGAAAAGAAUAACUGGACACUUUUCCAGUUCAUGCAGACAACUUAUCAGCUUUACCUCCAUUUGGUUCUUGGACUUGACUGCAUCCCACUACUGACUAUUAUUGACCUCAGACUGCAUUUCCCUGCCCUUAACAAGGACAUAGCUACUCUGGUGAAUACAGUACCACUUUUUCAGGAAUUUAGCAAUGAUGCUUUGCAGCUCAUGGAUAUGAUCACAGAAAACGCAGGCAAGACCAGGAAGUGCUUGGAGAACAGCCUGCUCCCUCUAAAGGAAAUUGAGAAAAUUGUUUCUGAACAACUAGAACCUCUAUCGGUAUUAAGACAUCAGAUCAUUUUUGAAGAAUCUAGCGUGUCAAAGGAAGUCAGAAUGGAGGACACAAAUUUCGAGGAAGUUUUGCCCGACUCGGUAUUAAGCAGUGCUAAUGCCCAGAAACCGAUGAUACAAAUGGUGAACACUCUGACUGGGAGUUAUAGCAAGGAAAGCGUGAUGCGUGUUUGGCACGACAGGACAACACACGAAAUUGACCUGGAAUUGGAAUACAACUCUGGAUUUAUUGACAGGAAGGCUGGAAAAGACUUCCUAAAUGCCUACAUAAAGAUGUUGGAAAAGCUAGUUAGGAAGCCGCAGCGCACCCUUGGGGAUAUUAAAGAGCAACUAGGUCAGAAAUUCUUAAAGAAAGGAAGAGGUUUCUCCGAAAAGCUUAGAAAGAGACAGCGAAAGUUGGGAAACUCCGGAACGAGAUAUGGAAAGGCAUCCCGGCAAAUGAUCCAUCAAGGGUCCUUUUACAAACAGACUAAGAGUGGUUGGGACCACGAGGUAGAGUUGUCUCUUUUAGAUUUUGACAUGGACGGGAAGUCCUUAAGUGUCCUUCGAUGGGGAGAAGAGGAGGAGAAGAAGCUAGAGUUCUCAAAAGUUUCGCAAAUACGAAAAACAUCUCUCGGAGAAAUGCAAGCUUUGAUAGUCAAGAACUGCCACCGUGACUACGUAUUCAAAACACGAGAUCCAUAUAUCCUUGAUGAUUGGGUGAAAUCUAUCAAGCGGAGACUGUCGUCUGUAUCUGACAGUGUUCCACAGAAAACUCUGAUGAUCGAAAACGGACCAACAGUCUUAGAGUCGAAGACUGACGUCGUUUUGAAUAGAGCACGGUCAAUGGAUAGUGCGUAUGACACCUUUGACGAGGAAGAGACCAGCAUGUCUUCACAAGGUUUUCACAAGUCAUCCUCAACCGUAUUCUCCGAUGUUCCUCACACAUAUCUUUGAGAGAUGGAUCAGUUGAUACCGUUAAAACUUUAAACCGUGAUACAUGUAUAUAAUGGUUUGGGAUUCUUCCGGUUUAUAAAUGUUUAUUUCUAACAAUAUACCUUACUUAAGUGAUUAUAUUGAGAAAAGGAAUAAGCUGAUCUUUUCUUGUUCUUUUCUUAGGUACAAACUGCAGUUCCCUAUAACUUUAGAAACAAUAUCAAAGGCUCAUUGCCAUGUAAAUAGCGUUUCCGGAAUGUUACAUCAAAAUACAUGUUAAUAGCUUUUCCGGGAUACAAGAUAAAAUACUAAAGUCCUGUCAUAUUUUCGGGUGUUACAUGAAAAAGGUAUGUAAAUAGCAUUUCCGGGAUAGAACACACAAUUCUAAAUUCAUAUUACAUUUUCGCGGUGUAACAUUAAUAUAUGCAAACAAAAUUUCCGGUAUGUAGCAUAAAAUACAUGUACAUAUAAUUAGCAUUUCCGGGAUAAAAAAAAACAACAAAAUAUUAAAUUCAUGUAACAUCUUU